CACCCCCAGAGGCAAGAGAAGUCUGCCUAUUCGAGCAAUCAAUAGUCAACAAGUGCAUGAUAUGUUGAUCGACACAGCCCCUUAGUCCACCCACACAGCCAGCUAAAGCUUCUGCUAAAGCACAAAUAUGUCUUCGGAGCCCUGCCAUGCAUGCCAUGCACCAAUCGGUCCCCUCGCCUACUUGCCUGCCUUCCUAACCACCCACCAAUGGAUCACAACCAUCCUACCCCCUCUGCCUUUCGAAAGGGGCCUGACGACACAGACCUCCGCACCCGUCACUCAUACCGUGUCUCCCGCAUUGUCACUCGGCGUCUUCAUUCUGCUGCGGAGGAUCACCUUCAUUGACAGGGGCUGGCGGCAACACGUGCGGCAAACCCACUGUCUGUCUCCGCUGCAGCUGAAGCUCCGAAUGAAUGGUCUGUCAAGAUGAACAAGGGCGGACCACAUGUUCGACCUCUCUCGUGCACGUUUGUAUACCUAGCUUACCUCUCGCACUUCCUGCGUCACCCUUUCGGAAAGCAGCCCUUGUUUCAGCUCCCUGUCUAGAUUUUGCGCUCGAUUCUGCACAGAGAAAAGAAAAAAUAAUGUCAGUCAGAGCUUUCCUUACUCCAUUACUUCGCUCCCUUACUCUAAGCCGGUGCACACGCUCCAUCAGGCCUCUCAUGCGCUGUGAUGCCUGCCGAAUGGCCGGCUGGAAAUCGGGGCUCCCCCUGUGGCUUGCACUCUAGCAGCACACACAUAUUGGGAGUAUAUGUAAUACAGAAUCGGUUGUAUCAGCCCACCAUACCUGCGCUUUGCCAGGAGGACUGGCAGUGGAGACGGGUGGCUGCAGCACGUAGACGUGAUCGGCGGAGGUAAGCCGUGUUCUUGGGGGUGGGUUGGUGAGCACAUAGGGCAGCGGGUUGUCAUGGACGCCACCGCCCACCAAGAGGCCUAGCGGUAUUAUUCGCCUCAUCCCGAUGAACUCAUCCACCAUGUCUCCAUAGGUCGACAGCUCGAACUCGGGUGGCACGCGGAUCAGCUGCAGCGUCGACGUCUCGAUCGACUCGUGAGGCACGUAUUUAAGGCCCUCGGUCCUCUUGCGGCGGAGCCUCGGGCUGAGUCCUGUGACGGUGGACUGCAGCCCUGAGGCACUCGUGUGCUGCAUGCUGAGGACUUUCGAGCUGCCACUUUGCCGCAUGCCCUUGAUGAAGCGAGCGAAGAUCAUCAUGGAGCUGCGCCGGCGGCGGCUUCUUGAGGAUAUACUGCCUUCACGCUGAGGAGUGCAGGGGGUGAAGGGGUUGAUGGACUUAACGGAGCCGGUGAUAGCGGAGGUCAGCGAUGCUGGGCGCUUGCGGCGGGUUGGCUUACUAAUAGGCAGCUUUUGGUACACAGGGGGCUGCACAUUCACCCACGAGGAAGGGAGGCUGGGAGGGGCCUGGACCUACUCGAUAGGCAGGCAGGAAGGAAAGCAGACGACUUCUUUUGUGUCGGUGAGUGUCUGUGUUCCCAUGUCAUUAUACCUGGAGGAGGGUUUCAAUCAGAUGGAGGAACGCUCGGGACUCGAGGGCCUUGACUGUGAGCCCGUCAAGCAGAGCAGAGGGUAAUACCUCACCAGAGGCGAAGAUAGGGGAAUACAGGGAGCUCUCCGGCUGCUUGCAACACAUACAGAAAGACACGUCCUCGGGGUUGAUUGAUCCCAUCUCUUAGUGAGUCAUCCUCACUGAAAGUCUCUCGGCUGGCCCGCUCCGCAUGUCUGCAAGACCGUCAGAAUUCUGCGCUUGGGAAGGCUUGAUGAGUCCCUCGGCGCAGAGGGCGGAGAUGUUCGUAGUGAACUCCAAAUCGCAUACGACAGACUUGUGAGGCCAAGUGCGCUUGAUCGCCUUAUACUGGUGCAACACACAGGCAAAGGAGAGAACCUCCUGUGCUCUCUGCCUUAGUCUGAUUCCGUAUAGCUUGUGUAUUCGCCUGUCCUACGGUAAAUAUAGUCGAGACAUCGACUAUAUCAUCUUGGUGGAGCACAUUCGCCUGGAGUCGCAUCCUCUCACGCUGAUGAAGGAUGAUGACCAUUCUGGCCUUGCCAAUGUUGGCUCGCCAGAGAUCUAUGGUCUCCAUUGACGAUCCCAGCACGAUAUAGAUGCUGCACGCGAAGACAAUAGGCCAACACACACGAAAAGGACACGUGGUACUUCAAGGCUUGUCCUUUUCUCCCUCCCUUAAGGCUUACUCCCGGAGAUAUGCCAUGGAUCGCCAGAGGCUGACGCCUGGGUGAGUGGCAGUGAGGAGCACAAUGGGAAGUACCCUGUUACCGAAUAUGCUCUUGCACCGCAGAUGAUGCACUAGAGGGAUUAGCGAUGGCCUGCACGAAUCCAUACGUCUCUUACUGUGUAUGAACGGUUUCCGACUGACCUCGCUCCGCAGAUGACAAUGUGUCCGGACAGGUGCUGUGCGUUAUCGAUGAUGCACUCCGAGCUGCGCGGCCACCAUAUGAAUAUUCGCGGCGACCCUUCCGGGUCGGCAGACGAUAUGUGGUAGUUUGUCCUGAGAGGCAGUGCGUGAUCGGGAUAAAGACAGGAGUGACGGCUGUUCGCACCGACCGGAGGUUUCGGUCAAAGAGAUCGAGAGUCAUUGUUUCAGCCGCGUCAGUGACUGACGGUCUGAAGACGCGCACAGACGGGAACGCAAGAGUGAGCGUCGACCCAUGCACCACUUAGCACUUACAGCCUGUCUCUCCGCUGCCACCUCGUCGGCCUGAGACAGAAACAUCCAAACAAUAUCAGUGCCGAUUCUGACAUACACGCGCGAAUGACUUCAUCACUCAGCCGCUCACCUAACGCUGGGCUCUCCGCAUCUUCUUGUCUCAAUGGGCAGGGUAAGCGUUCCCUGCGUGCUGUUGGCGCCUGCCUCUUCAAAAGCAAGCGGCAAGCCACUUGUCUUAUUCGUGCUGUCGGCUUCUGCCGGCGGCGGCAUCGGCGAUGGUUCCCUCUCUGUGCAGUUUCCGCCCUCGUCCGCCGGCGUUUCAUGGAAUGAUUCCUCUCGGCUGGGUGACUGUUCCAUCUCGGGAACGGCUCGCGGCACAGGCUGGCCGAACUCGUCGAUCAGACUGACACGUUUCCUGCCCCCGCCCAUCUCGGUCACCUCCGGGACGUCUGGCGACGAUGGAGCAUAGGUGUAAGCCGUCGGUCUCGGCGCCACUUUUCUCCUGAAGAGCUGAGGGCCGCCCUCCGCGAGAUCACGGAUCCUCUCAGGCUGUGAAGUCAGCCAGAAGCCGCGAAUGACUGAACGUUUCUCGUCCUCUGUGCUGUCCCUGCGUCGCGAGCCGUGGGACGGUGGCUUCAGGUUGUUUGUGUCGCUUGGAGGCGUCGACGCGGGAUCAUAGAUGGUGAAGCAGAUGGGGUUGAGAAGAAUCGCAGCCCGUGUCGCUGCGAUACCAUCGCUCUGUGGGUAUUCGAGCGCGAAGAGGAUCGAGUGUGUCUCUUCAUAGAACAUCGAGACGACAUCGUGGAAAUCAAAGCCCUCCCACGGCGCUGUCAGCGGGGCCACCACCAGCUGCAUCGUCCGGCCGAGGUAAUACGCAUACGUCCAGUCGCUUGGCAUCUCCAGAGCGAUUUCUUCCUCCGAAAGAGCCCCAGUGGUCCCCACGGCCGAGCCACGCACAAGCAGAUUAUGGAUAAAGGCGCAGAGUCCCCUGCAUAAGACUGACUUUGCCAGAAGAGCUGCUUUGUAGGCCUCGAUUACAAUCACGAUGUCUCCUUCCCUGCAUCAGCACGGAACGAGACAUGAUCAAUUCAGAGGUCGUGAAUAUGUUUCGGGUGUCUCGAUCUCACCCUUUCAGGACGCCGAAUAGGUGCCGCCUCCUGCUCUCCCAGUGGUAGAGCUGUAAGCAUAUGCGCACUGAGUCGAUCCGAUGGCGCAAGAAAUAAGUCUUGAGCGCCAAAGCCUUGACAAUGUUGCGAUCAUCCUCCUUCUGCAGGUCGGCCGUGGUGCUGCACGCGAAGCAAGGGACAAGUAUGACAUGGAUGUAUGGAUUACUCACUGACCGAUUGGCACACAAGACGACAGCUCGACAAUGAGGGCUGUACACUUGUGCUCUGAGACAAGACCACACACUCGAUCCAUUCGUUCGGCGGAGGGCGGCCAUGCACCAUGACUAGCCGUCCAGACUGACCUAUUCAGAUCGGCGUCGUCCAUAAUGUUCCCCUCAAGGUAGGUCAGCAUGCUCUGAUAGGUCGCGGACCUGUACACGCAGGCACACGAGACACAUAUACUGAGAAUGUAAAAAGGAAGCGCUACCUCAUAAUGCGUUCAAUCGGGUAAGGUGGGUGAGAGUUUUGUAUUAAGACAACAUGAGCCUGCAGAAUCAAUUACACCGUUCAAUUAUCAUGCCAUGCACUUUCCACGUCUUCUCUGUUUCUCUUCUCUGUCAGGAUGAAUGCUGCAAUCGGACCUGCACGGGCUGCAGUUGCGAUCGAAGCAGCUGGGAAAGGAACGUCAGUAAGUUGUGAGCCCCAACAUUAGAUCCCGCCAGCACGAAAUGAAACUGGUCCCCCUGCGGGUGGAAUUGACGACUCGCAUGUCCUCCUCCAUGCAUCUUCAGAAUGCGAAUCAUCUCAUUGGUCUGCUCUCACGCCAUUGAAGCGCAAUGACGCCAUACAGUGGAGACACGGAUGGGUACUUUCUUUUGCAGCUCACUUGCACUGGAAUGAGAAGCAAUGACACAACGAUGAAUGCACAAAUGGCAAUUCGGCCUAUAUCCGUCACAGGCGCAAUGUCACUCCCAUAGCCAACUGUCGUCUGCACACCACACACACAUACAUACAAACACGAACAGAAGUACUUCCUGCUGGAUGCCUUUCAAGCAGCUGACCAAAGUGAUAAUGAUAAAAUAGCACAUGUCAUGAAAUUCCCAGUCAAGAGCAUCCCUCUCCACCGCCUGCAUGGCUCCAGCAGCGAUGUAGAUGAGUGCGACGAUAGUCAAUACGAUCUUCAUGGACUGCCGUGUCAGCUCAGACUGGACGUACGAGAAGAUACGCGCCAGGCGGAGAAUGCGGAGGACGCGCGCCGUCAUGAAAAGCUCUACCCAGUACGUCCCUUGCAGGUCCGAUGUGGCGUAGCGCUGGCGAGGGGGACUCAGGACGAUGGCCAGCUCUGCAAACGAGGGAAGGAUCGUAAUGACGUCCAACCACGUGCUGAAAGACGACCAAUGCCGCCUUCUGUCGGUUGCCAGAACAAAACGAAUGACAAGAUCAAAGACGAAGUAGCCACCAAGAGCAAGAUCCAGCAGAAAGAGAGCCUGAUCACACACAUGGCAUUCGUGGUGGGGGAAGCCCCUAUAAGGGUUCAGGACUCCCUCACGCUCUCACCUCCGAGUUCACAUAGGUGCUGAUGACGUAGAGGACGCAAGUAAUACACGAAACGGUCGCGUUGAGGGCAUCAACUGGCAGUAUGAGCAGGGCCUUGUUGAAUGUUGCGAAAGCCGCUGUCUCCUCAGCCUCGGACGCCGCAUCCUCAUCGUUUGAUGGGCUGAAGCUGGGAUCCACCGGAGAGUCCUGAGCAUCCAUGAUGAUGGGCUGGCCUCACAGAACGUCAGGCUGGAGCCACCACGACGGGCUCAUGAGACAAAGUAUGAGCCAAUUUGUCACCAGCGGUAGGCCAUCGAUGAUUCAUUGCGGAGGGAUGGUGGCAAAGGCCAUUGCAUUGUAGGAGAGGACGGAGCUGAG